CGGAGAAAGAAAGCAAAAUAGACCAGGAAGAAAGCCGUCGACAAUCAAUAGGGUUUGAAGGCCUGGGGGAGAUCCGCGAGAUCCGAGAAGAAGAAACAGUUGCAAAUCCGAGAAAUCCGAGAAGAAAUAGUCGCAAAAAACGGAAGAAGUGAGAUUCGAGGAGACGGAGGAAGAAGAAGAAAAGAGGAAGAAAGAGGACAGGGAAGGGAAACACAAAACUUAACUCGAGUUACCGGAGAAUCGGCUGGCGGGUUUUUUUCACUGUUACGCGGCUAGUCUACCUCCCCCUACCUUCGUCUACCUUCCCCGAUUUGAUUCCCCAAACAAGGUAACUUCUAAACCUCACCUCACCCUACCUUCACCUACCUCCAACCAAACACAGCGUUAGGUAAGAGGGGCUCAAGUGAGAUGUUCUGGAAGGUUAUGGGUGAAACGUGAGAUGCCGGGUAUGAAAUUGAAAAUGAUCAAAGAAGCUGUUGAGCUCUAUGCGUAUGCAAUGGCGGGUGCAAAGUAACCAUCUCCGCGGGAUUACAUUUUUCUUUUGAAGAAAAUAGUUGUUGGCAAGGAUCUUGAUAUGGAUCGGUUCCAAAAAGUUUUGAGGGUUAGUAAAGAAAGUGAGAAAUUGUUAGCAAGAUCCACUCUUGAUUCUGUUCUGAAGUCAUUGUCCAGUAAUGGAAGAUGGGAAGAAUGCAAUUAGAUAAUGAAAGCAUUGAAAAUAUUUGGCAUUACACCUGGCCACUCCCAGCAGAGUAAGAUUGUGUAUUAUCUCAGUUUGUAUGGAAAGAACGACGAGGUAGAUGUGUUAGUGACCGAUAUGGAUUCAUCAGGUUCCGGUUUGAGUUAUAAAGCAUGGGCAUCUUUAGUUGAUGGAUACUGUAAAGUCGAUAAUUUUAGCAAAGCCUCAGAUGUGUAUGAGAGAAUGAUCACAAAAGAAGGGCUUUCUCAUGCCAAGAGGAAGCAAGAAUCGUCAGUUUGGCAUAUUGUCCCAAGAGUUGAGCUAAAGAUACGGUUUUAAUAGGAUUCUUUAGCUUGCUACAUGUAAUUAGAGCAUUUUAUUUCUGAAUUCGGGUGGCAUUGGGUGCCUAUUGAUUCAUCUUUUUCCACAUGAACUUCAGCUUCUUAUUACAGUGAUCUGUUGUUCUAAAUGUAGACUUGCAACCAUCUUCCAUUCUUCCCCAUCACCUGGUUCUAGAUUCAAUGCCAACACUUGAUGAGAGUCCUUUUGUUUCGACGGAAGCUAAUCAAAUGUUGGUUGUCAU